GCCUAUAGUGAUCAAGACAGUGGAGAAUACUGGUGUGAGACUGACGGAGGAGUGAGAAGUAACAGUGUCAAAAUCACCAUAACUGCUGGUUCUGUGAUACUGGAUAUUCCUGUUCAUCCUGUGAAGGAGGGAGAUGAUGUGACUCUGCGCUGCAUGAAUAAGGAAAACUUAAACAACCUCCAAGCUGAUUUCUACAAAGAUGGAGUCCUCAUGCAGAGCAGUCCUGUAGCAGAGAUGACCAUUAACAAUGUUUCCAAAUCUAAUGAAGGACUCUACAGGUGCAACAUCUCUGGUGUUGGGACAUCGCCAGAUAGCUGGUUGGCUGUCGGAGCUCUUGAAAGGAACAAUCCUGUCCUCCAUCGUUCUUCCAUCCCUAUACUCUGGUGGAUUGCUCUCACCAUCUUACUGGUGUCCAUGGUGCUGCUGGUGGUGGGAUUUCUUUAUACUGGGAGACACAGAGAUGCAGUACAUAGAGUGGUGCUUUACUUUUCCUCAAAGACACAAAGAUCAGCAGCACGCUCAGCUGAGGACAAUAACAUAGACUCUGGAGAUGACACUGCAGAUGAUCAAAGCAGUCCAACGUAUGCAGUCGUGGUCAAAAAGCAGAGACAAAGCAAGGAAUCAAGAUCAUCCAGCUCCAACGUGACAUGGAAUCCCACAGAUCCACGUUUAACAGAACAGGAAGUUUAUUCAUUUAUCAAGACAGCAACAGCUACAGCAAGGCCAACAGCCAGUCCAGCAAAGCCACAAGCCAAAGCCAUCGGCAUACAAGAGGAAACAUCAAAGCUGGAUUGGCCGGAUUUAGCUGGACCUCUUUCCAAAGAAGAGGCGACAUCUAAAAGUGAGAAAGAGAAGAAACUAUUCAAUCGAUUCUGGCAGGAUUAA